CAGACACUGCGCUGGAACUUUUUGCAAGAGCACUCAGUUGAAUAACGAAUAUAUACACUGAGCGCCUACUGUGUGCCACGCUGUGUUCUGGGCACUUGGGAUCCAUCAAUGAAAAGAGACAAAAAUUCCGCCCCGGGAUGUCUUCUAACAUGCUCUCUAUCUCUAUCGUAUACAAACUAACCUAGAUAAUUUGGAAAGCCCUCCACGGAUUACAAAGUUUCCUCCAAUGUCAUGACGCAUUUUGAGGUAGGUCCGCAUCACUAUGGCUAAAAAAUGGAGAAGCCGGGCGCAGACCAACCGGAGAACUCACCCUUGCAAAAUCGAAUUAAGCCACGACCUAGAAGAUGUCAUCGGCGGGGCUGGCUGGGCUGACCACGAAGGACUUAUAGCAACAUCACCAGCUUCUCAGCUGUCACCGACAGAACUGAUAGAAAUGCAGAAUGACCUCUUUAAUAAAGAGAAAAACAGACAGCUGUCAUUAACUCCCCGAACUGAGAAGAUUGAAGUUAAACACGUUGGGAAAACUGACCCGGGCACUGUCUUUGUGAUGAAUAAAAACAUUUCAACUCCGUAUAGCUGUGCGAUGCAUUUAAGCGAGUGGUACUGCAGGAAGUCCAUUCUGGCUCUUGUGGAUGGACAGCCUUGGGACAUGUAUAAGCCUUUGACCAAGUCCUGUGAAAUUAAAUUUCUUACUUUCAAAGAUCAAGAUCCAGGAGAAGUAAAUAAGGCUUACUGGCGUUCUUGUGCCAUGUUGAUGGGCUGUGUAAUAGAGAGGGCAUUCAAAGAUGGAUAUGUGGUCAGUUUGGUCAGAGCUCCAGAAGUUCCUGUGAUGGCUGGAGCCUUCUGCUAUGAUGUAGUUUUGGAUAAGAGACUUGAUGAGUGGACGCCAACGAAAGAGAACCUACGUUCCUUCACAAAAGAUGCUCAUGCUUUAAUUUGUAAAGAUCUUCCAUUUGAAACUCUGGAAGUUGAAGCAAAAGUGGCAUUAGAAAUAUUUCAACACAACAAGUACAAAUUAGAUUUCAUAGAAGAGAAGGCAUCUCAGAACCCUGAGAGAAUAGUCAAACUAUGCAGAUUUGGUGACUUCAUUGAUGUGAGUGAGGGCCCUCUUAUUCCAAGAACGAGUGUUUGUUUCCAGUAUGAAGUAUCAGCGGUUCACAAUCUUCAAGCCACCCAGCCGAGUCUUGUACGAAGAUUCCAGGGUCUGUCUUUACCCGUGCACUUGAGAGCACAUUUUACAGUAUGGAAUAAGCUAUUGGAAAGAUCUCGGAAAAUGGUAACUGAAGAUCAAAGUAAGCCUGCAGAGGGAAGUGCAACUACGUAGUAACUCUCUCUGACUUAAAUAUGUAUAGUAAAUUAAAAUAAAAGUUUUCUAUGUGA